AUGCGUACAAGGAACUGUCUAUCCCUGCUUCUCUGGGUCCUGUUUGAUGGAGGUCUCCUAACACCACUUCAAACACAGCCACAACAGACAUCAGCCACAGAGCCACGAGAAAAUGCUGACCCUCUGCCAGGUCGACGAGCCCAUUUCCAACGCGUUAAACGUGGCUGGGUAUGGAAUCAAUUUUUUGUGCUGGAAGAGUACAUGGGCUCCGAGCCUCAAUACGUGGGAAAGCUCCAUUCUGACUUGGACAAGGGAGAGGGUACGGUUAAGUACACCCUCUCAGGUGAUGGUGCCGGCACUGUCUUUACAAUUGAUGAGACCACAGGGGACAUUCAUGCAAUAAGGAGCCUGGACAGAGAAGAGAAACCUUUUUACACCCUUCGUGCUCAGGCUGUGGACAUAGAAACCAAGAAGCCCCUGGAACCUGAAUCAGAAUUUAUCAUCAAAGUGCAGGAUAUUAAUGAUAAUGAGCCAAAGUUUUUGGACGGUCCUUACGUUGCAAGUGUCCCAGAGAUGUCUCCUGUUGGUGCAUACGUGCUGCAGGUCAAGGCCACAGAUGCAGAUGACCCGACCUAUGGAAACAGUGCUAGAGUCGUUUACAGCAUUCUUCAGGGACAACCUUAUUUCUCUAUUGAUCCCAAGACAGGAGUUAUCAGAACUGCUUUGCCAAACAUGGACAGAGAAGUCAAAGAACAAUACCAAGUGCUCAUCCAAGCCAAGGACAUGGGCGGACAACUGGGAGGAUUAGCUGGGACAACGGUUGUCAACAUCACCCUCACUGAUGUCAACGAUAAUCCACCUCGAUUCCCCAAAAGAUUUGAGCCUGACAAGGAUCAUUCCCAAUCCCUCUUGGUGAUAUGCAAUGGUGAAACCAUCAUGGGGAGUAUUCACUUUAUUACCAGCUGCAAUAUUUCCUUGAGAAAUGAUUGUCUUAAUGAACGUGAGGGAGUCAUCAAGCUCAAAAAGCCUUUGGAUUUUGAAACAAAGAAGGCGUACACCUUCAAGGUAGAGGCCUCCAACCUGCACCUGGACCACCGCUUCCACUCGGCGGGCCCCUUCAAGGACACGGCCACGGUGAAGAUCAGCGUGCUGGACGUGGACGAGCCGCCCGUGUUCAGCAAGCCGCUCUACACCAUGGAGGUCUACGAGGACACCCCGGUGGGGACCAUCAUCGGCGCGGUCACGGCGCAGGACCUGGACGCGGGCAGCAGCGCCGUCAGGUACUUCAUAGACUGGAAGAGAGAUGGGGACAGCUACUUUACAGUAGACGGAACCGAGGGAACCAUCGCCACCAAUGAACUGCUAGACAGAGAAAGCACUGCGCAAUAUAAUUUCUCCAUAAUUGCGAGUAAAGUUAGCAAUCCAUUAUUAACCAGCAAAGUCAACAUACUGAUUAAUGUCCUAGAUGUCAAUGAAUUUCCCCCAGAAAUAGCUGUGCCGUACGAGACUGUGGUGUGUGAAAACGCCAAACCGGGACAGAUAAUUCAGACAGUCAGUGCUGCGGACCGAGAUCUUUCACCUGCUGGGCAGCAAUUCUCUUUUAGAUUAUCACCUGAGGCUGCCAUCAAACCAAAUUUCACAGUCCGUGAUUUCAGAAACAACACAGCUGGAAUUGAAGCCCGAAGAAAUGGAUACAGCCGCAGGCAGCAAGAGCUGUAUUUUCUGCCUGUGGUCAUAGAAGACAGCAGCUACCCGGUCCAGAGCAGCACAAACACAGUGACCAUCAGAGUCUGUAGAUGCGACUCUGACGGUAGCAUUCUGUCGUGUAAUGUGGAAGCAAUUUUUCUACCUGUAGGACUUAGCACAGGAGCUUUGAUCGCAAUCCUUCUGUGCAUUGUCAUACUUUUAGCCAUAGUUGUGCUGUAUGUAGCUCUACGAAGGCAGAAGAAGAAAGACACUCUGAUGACUUCUAAGGAAGACAUCAGAGACAAUGUCAUCCACUACGAUGAUGAAGGUGGCGGGGAAGAAGACACCCAGGCCUUUGACAUUGGGGCUCUGCGCAAUCCAAAAGCGAUUGAAGAGAACAAAAUUCGCAGGGAUAUUAAACCUGACUCUCUGUGUUUGCCACGUCAGAGACCACCCGUGGAAGAUAACACAGACAUAAGGGAUUUCAUUAAUCAAAGGCUACAGGAAAAUGAUGUGGACCCAACCGCUCCACCUUAUGACUCUUUGGCCACGUACGCCUAUGAAGGAAAUGGGUCCGUAGCAGAAUCACUCAGCUCCAUAGACUCGCUUACCACAGAUGCCGACCAGGACUUCGACUAUCUGGCUGACUGGGGACCCCGCUUUAAAGUCUUGGCAGACAUGUUUGGAGAAGAAGAAAGCUAUAACCCUGAUAAAGUCACUUAG